AUGGCAACUGAGCAAUCUGAAAGCAACAGAGAAGAUCGCAUUCGCUCGACUGCAUUACGCCAUGCCAGAGAUAUCGAGGAGAGGAAGAAGCUACAGGCACGCAUAGCAGACCUAGUAGUCGAAGCUUUUGACUUGCCGUCUAGACCUGACGCUGACCCCGCAAAACCUCAACCUUCCGAUGCUUCUCUCUUUCGACACUGUCUGGGCCUAUUUCAGACCUCGGAUUUCGAUGAUCUCGUCUACGAGCGAAAUGUAGAUAACCGAUGCGGCUACGCUCUCUGUCCAAGACCAAAUCUGAAGCUCACACAUGGUGGCCAAAAAGUCUGGAAUCAGAAGGGUGGGAAGGACUUCAAACUUGUCGAUAAGAGCGAACUGGAAAGGUGGUGUUCCAAAGCCUGUCAAGAAAGGGCAGCCUUUGUGCGUGCGCAGCUUGGGGCGGAGCCCGCGUGGCUUCGAACUGGCCAGACCCUCGAUAUCAGGCUGCUCGAUGAAGUUGAUUCCGAGAGCCUUGCCUACCCAUUCAAGGGGCUCUCGCUCGCCGAAGCACCUGAUGCAGAGAUUGCCGAAAGGAUGCAAGCCCUUGCGCUUGAACGUGGCGAGUUGAAGGUCAAUGCCGACGACAGCGUCGUGGAUCUCAUUGAGAGAGAUAGCGACGUGAUACCGAGUGCUCCAGCACUUAAAGGGCACCAACCGCAAAAUACCAUCGAAGGACACCAAGCACGAAAGGUACGGUUUUCCGAGAGAUGA